AUGAUUAUUAUUAUUAUUAUUAUUAUUAUUAUUAUUAUUAUUAUUAUUAUUAUUAUUAUUAUUAUCACUUUUAUUAUUAUUAUUAUUAUUAUUAUUAUUAUUAUUAUUAUUAUUAUUAUUAUAUUAUUAUUAUUAUUAUUAUUAUUAUUAUUAUUAUUAUUAUUAUUAUUAUUAUUAUUAUUAUUAUUAUUAUUAUUAUUAUUAUUAUUAUUAUUAUUAUUAUUAUUAUUAUUAUUAUUAUUAUUAUUAUUAUUAUUAUUAUUAUUAUUAUUAUUAUUAUUAUUAUUAUUAUUAUUAUUAUUAUUAUUAUUAUUAUUAUUAUUAUUAUUAUUAUUAUUAUUAUUAUUAUUAUUAUUAUUAUUAUUAUUAUUAUUAUUAUUAUUAUUAUUAUUAUUAUUAUUAUUAUUAUUAUUAUUAUUAUUAUUAUUAUUAUUAUUAUUAUUAUUAUUAUUAUUAUUAUUAUUAUUAUUAUUAUUAUUAUUAUUAUUAUUAUUAUUAUUAUUAUUAUUAUUAUUAUUAUUAUUAUUAUUAUUAUUAUUAUUAUUAUUAUUAUUAUUAUUAUUAUUAUUAUUAUUAUUAUUAUUAUUAUUAUUAUUAUUAUUAUUAUUAUUAUUAUUAUUAUUAUUAUUAUUAUUAUUAUUAUUAUUAUUAUUAUUAUUAUUAUUAUUAUUAUUAUUAUUAUUAUUAUUAUUAUUAUUAUUAUUAUUAUUAUUAUUAUUAUUAUUAUUAUUAUUAUUAUUAUUAUUAUUAUUAUUAUUAUUAUUAUUAUUAUUAUUAUUAUUAUUAUUAUUAUUAUUAUUAUUAUUAUUAUUAUUAUUAUUAUUAUUAUUAUUAUUAUUAUUAUUACUAUUACGUGUUUAA